AUGCCCCAAGUGGAGAAGAAGAAGGACGAUAGACCUUACAAGUGCACAAUGUGCGACAAGGCCUUUCACAGGCUAGAGCACCAGACAAGACACAUUCGAACGCACACGGGCGAAAAACCUCAUCCUUGCACGUUUCCAGGUUGCACCAAGCGGUUUUCAAGGUCGGACGAACUCACAAGGCAUUUGCGGAUCCACAAUAAUCCCACCACCCGAAAGAGACCCAGCAAGUAUCGUCAGGUGGACAGCAAGACCGAGCCUCAGGGGAUGAACGUCAACGGCGUUCCAGUUGCUGGUAUACCCGUGGGUUUCGAGGGUCCUCCAGGAGCUCAGUAUUACCAUUCGCUGCCUUACCCGGUAUACAUAGUCCAGCCGGGGGUCCAGGGGAUUCAACACAUUCAGGGAGUGCAACAGUUCCCGCCAGUUCAACACAUCCAGCACGUGCAGCACAUUCCUGGCCACGCUUAUGGCGUUCCGGGACAAGCCAUAGCGAUCCCAGUGCCAUACGAUGAAAGCCUGUACCAGAGGGUGCAAAGUGCCUCACAAAAUGUGUCAUGUAGUGUUCCGGCUUCUCAAGGGGUUCCCGUGCACUUGCCUCCACAGCUAUCGGUGUCCCCAGGUAACGGUUCUGCUGCAGUGCCAGAGAAUCAUCAGAGCUCCCCUCCACAGAAGAGUAUGGCUCUGAUUGCCAAAUCAAUUACUUCGAGAUACGGCAACGGCCCUACGCUGUCUCCGCCUCUACCUGGAAAUAGUCAUUUGGGCAAGACAAACAGUCUGUGCUCCAUCGGCUCUACGACAGGGAAUUCUUUCAAUUUCAACUCGAACAACGGCUCGACGACUAACUCGUCGGCUCCCUCGCUGGCAAACUCCCCAGAGGCUGCCAAAUCCGCCAACCCAAUGCACAAGAGCCUUGCGCACCCAACCGCUCUGCAAACGCCAUCACUAACGAACCUCAAUGAGUAUUUCAACAAACUGAGGACGUUUGGCUCGAGUGCCUCACUCAACAGGCUUAAAACAAGUAGCUCUCUGGGCAAUUUGGGGAGCCUAACAGGGACUCUUCUGUCUUUUCAGAGAAUGACACCGCUUAAGGUUGCUUCCCCAACAGCACAGUCCACACUGGCGUUGGCGCAUCUUCAGAAACCAGCGUCGCUGACCCUGCUAAAUCUCGAAUUUUGUCAGCCUAACAAGAAGUCGAGACCGAACUCGCCAACUGCAUCUUCUGUAAAUCUCUACAUGACGCCAAGUGUGGAUAGACAUCUUGCCAACUCGCCGCCUCGUGUUCAUUCUUCAAUUACUACCCGUGCCGGCAAUCCAGCGUUUAUCAUCUCGCCUAACGAGACGCCUUUGCAGACGCCAUCUCAUUCUCCUCCUCUCCAGCCACAGAAUCCUUCAGACAAGGGCUUGAACUCUACGUAUUUGAUCAGUGAGUUGGAGAAGCAGAAAGACACACAAAGUCAGGCAGAGCACAAGACAGAGAGCAUCGCUGACAACGGCACGACGCUUCCGCCGAUCAGGUCGGUGUUCAAUUUCAACAAUCACGAAGGUUUGCAGCCACUACACGUGAAAAGGGAACAAGCAGGUUAG